AUGGCAACGAGACCAAGAGGUGGUGGCGCUGGACCUAAUCGCCCUAAUCGGGGACCUGCAGCACGCCCAGUUUACGAAGAUUUUAGGCCUGUUUAUGAGCGGCAUCAAGAUGAAGAAGCUGAAAAACUGAUUAUUUAUCUUCCUGGUUUCAUGAAGGAGAGCAUUAGAGUAAGUACAGAAGGCAAGAACACAGUGAGAGUGCGUGGAGAACGGGUUGUAGGAGGCAACAAAUGGCAUCGAUUUCAAGAAGAUUUUCAAGCACCAGAUGACUGUAACAUGAGAGGCAUCCAUGCCAAAUUUGAGAAUGGAAUCCUCAUUAUCACUAUGCCAUGGAAAAUGCCAAAGCAGUUAUUAGAUGAACACACAAAACAAUCCCCUCCCACAAUCCCUCAUAAGGAUGAUAAUGUUCCUCCCAAAACUACUCAUCCAGCUGUUGAAACCCCAAGAAAACCAGCUCCUUUAAAACCCACAACUCAACAUGCUGACAAAGAUCAAGAUUCUACAAGAAAUGAGACAAUGGGGAGUGCUGAAUCAUCAGUGACUCAAAAGGGUGAUAAUGCUCCUCCCAAAACAACUUACCCAACUAUUCAAGCCCCCCCAAGAAAACCAACCCCUUUAAAACCCACAGCUCAAUUGCCAAAGCCUCAAAAUGCUGACAAAGAUCAAGAUUCUAGAGUAGAGGAAAUGAAAUUCUUUGACGACCAAUUGAUGAGUCCUGAAUCAUCAAAGACUCAAAAGGGUGAUGAAGAUAAAGAUUUUCCAGCUCUUAGAGCAACUCCAUUAGGAAAAACUAGUGGUGAGAGGGAAAAAACAAAAGAUGAGAAGAAAAUCUUGGAAGGUCUAGUUGGGAGUAUUGAGCCAAAGAUUCAGAAGAGUAAAGAAGAAAACUUGGAUCAGAACAGAACACAAUUGAUCAGAAGUGGCAAGGACGUUGAAAAGAAGGAGAGCCAUGAUGCAGGUGGAAAGAUUGUUGCCGAAAAGAUUAAAGAUUUAAGAGAAGAGUUUCAAGAAAAGGUUGGGCAGAAAGGAUCAAAAGAAAAGGAAAGUACAAGUAAUGUAGCUGCUGGUACCUCUUUUUAUCCUGGCAGUAUUGGCAACUUGAAGAAAAGCCUAGUGGAACUAAAUGAAGAGAGACAACUGCUUGUCAAUGCUGGAGCUGCUGUGAUGGUGAUUAUGGCUCUUGGGGUUUAUGUUUACUACUCCAUCGGAUCAGGGAGCACUGAGUAAAAACAACCAACACUUGAGUUACGUAAAAAUGUACAAAAUUUACAUGGAUUGUAAUGCUUUUAAUUUGUGCAAAUAAAAGAAAAUGGGGUUUACAAGUGCAUAUAAGAAAAUAAGAAUA